CCUUGACCCCCUUCGUGAAGAAAGAAAUGCAAUUAGUAUUGUUGUAGGGGGCAGGGGCGUCUGGGGAGAGUGUGGCUGCUGAUAAGAUGAGAGUUAUUUCGAUCGAGAUCUUGGAUCAAUUGACGCCACUGUCUCGUGGGCCUUGCAUAGGGACAUAGGUUGCCCAGCAAUGGGCACAAGGUACAACCUCCUAGAAAGGGCUAUACAAAGGGUCACGCCCUUUGAGAAGAGAGCUUCAGGGUAUAAAGAUCAGAUGGAUUCUGGUCGAGUUUGAGUUCAUCAGAGCAUUCAUCGGCUAAUCAUGUACAACUCCAAAAGUCUUUCGGCACUCUUGUGCCUUGCCCUAGUCACUCCUUCCGCUCUGUCAGCACCUGUUGCCUCCAAGAGCACAACUCUGGCCAAGAGACAGUUCGACUCGGAGAGCUUUGCUGGCAGCGGCACCGAUAUCUCCAUCCCGGAUGGGCCCUACUACAACACCGCGAGCGCCGCCGCCUCGCGCUACCACGAAGGCAGCAACAAAGACCGCGGAUCGCAUGAGACAGACAGCAGCACCGCAGCAGGUCAGGCCUGGAACAUCGGGAUUCCCGACGGGCCGAGCUACAAUAUGGGCAGCAGCGCCUCCUCCAAUUACCACGAAGGCGGCGACAAGAACGGCGACAAGAACGGUGGUGGCUCGCACCAGUCGGACAGCACCGAUGCAGGGCAAUCUUGGAACAUCGGGAUCCCAGAUGGACCCAGCUUCAACAUGGGCAGCUUCUACCAUGUGAGCCACGAGAGCACGGGAGCACCGAAGCCUGAGCCUGAGCCUAAGCCUCAGCAUCCGGAGACCCCAGAGCCGGCAUCUCCGCCCUCACCACCGCACAAUGAGCCGGCCCCGGCUCCUCCUGCGCCUGCGCCUGCGCCUGCUACGCCUGCUCCAGCCCCCCAGACCCCCGGAGCACCCAGCCCCAACCCUCCGGCCGUCGGCCCUCCGACUCAACAAGGACCAGGAAACGCACCCGCUCCUGCCCCUCCAGCUCCUCAAGCCCCGGAAACUGCCCCUGCUCCUCCCCAGGAAGAGCCAUCUGCUCCUUCUGAGCCGGCCUCGACUGCCCCUGUCCCUGCUCCUGUGCCUGCUUCCCCCGUUGGUGUCUCGCCCGUUGAGGAGCCUGCUAGCCCUACUCCUGCUCCUGCUCCGGAGACUGAGGAAUCGGGAUCUGAGGAACCUGCUGAGGAGUGCCUACUUCCUGGGUCUGAGUCUGAGGAAGAACCUGCAUCUGGCCCUGCUCCUGAGGCUCCUGCGGCUGCUCCUGAGACUGCUCCUGAGACUGCUCCUGAGACUGCUCCUGAGACUGCUCCUGAGACUGCUCCUGAGACUGCUCCUGAGACUGCUCCUGAGACCGCUCCUGCGGCUGCUCCUGAGACUGCUCCUGAGACUGUUCCUGAGACCGCUCCUGAGACUGCUCCUGAGGCUCCCGCCGCUGCUCCUGAAUCUAGCCCCGAGACUUCUCCCGAGUCUGGCCCCGAGGCUGCUCCCGAGUCAAGCCCCGAGUCUAGCCCCGAGGCUGCCCCUGAAUCUAGCAACGAGUCUGGCCCUGCCCCCGAGCCUAGCUCUGAGUCUACCCCCGAAUCUACCCCCGAAUCAGCCCCAACCACAAAGCAAACCCAACCGAGCACCAACGGCCCAUCCUCCUCCUCCGCACCCGCCACAGAACCCAAGACCGCCCCGGAGGCCGACAACAAGCCUUCCCCAGCAACCCCAGCUCUACCAGCCUACACCUGCCAAUGCCCUGUCUAAUCUCCUUGUCUCUGGUGUUACACACGUACACGCAACUUACUCACUCACGCCCCUCACUUCAAAGAGCAACCUUCAUUCCCAUUCUCUAUACAAAUUUCAGCAUGAUCAAGUAAGUGGCUGUUUCCGACGAAACAA